GCAUGCGCAGUUGCGCUUUUCGGCGAGCGGUGACAACGGUUCUCGGGGCUAGCUCCAAGAUAGUUAACGUUAUAGCUAGCUAAAAUAAACAUGGCGUUCACAUUCGCGGCCUUUUGCUAUAUGCUCGCGCUGCUGCUCACGGCGGCUCUCAUCUUCUUCGCCAUCUGGCACAUCAUUGCAUUUGAUGAGCUGAAGACAGACUACAAGAAUCCUAUAGACCAGUGUAACACACUAAACCCGCUGGUGCUGCCUGAGUACCUGAUCCACGUGUUCUUCUGCGUGAUGUUCCUCUGUGCUGCUGAGUGGCUCACCCUUGCUCUCAACAUGCCCCUGCUGGCCUAUCACGUCUACAGGUACAUGACCCGCCCCGUGAUGAGCUGCCCCGGUCUCUAUGAUCCCACCACCAUCAUGAACGCUGAUAUCCUGGCCUACUGUCAGAAGGAGGGAUGGUGCAAACUCGCCUUCUACCUGCUGUCCUUCUUCUACUAUCUCUACGGGAUGAUCUACGUGUUGGUGAGCUCUUAAACUCCAAAGUGUACACUCGAGUGUGGAUUUUGGACUUUGGCCGUCUCUCCUCUCUCUCAGUGCGGCCCUGUUUCAAACGGACUCCCUGCUCCCUAAUCAGGGACAAUAUACAGGACGCAUUCUGCCAUCGAUACAGCCGUGCACCAUCAUCACACACACACACACACAGAGUACAUUGUGAACUUUAACACUAUUGACUCCUGGGUUUUCAUUGCAGUGCUGUUUAUUUGUGUGAAAUAAAGUUGUUGUUUUUUUCCUUUAA